AUGAAAUUAUGGGCUUACAAAUGCACCUCCACGCCCUUGAUGCAAGAUUAUUUUCCCAACCUACGGCUGCUAUUCCAGCAGGCACUUUAUUCAAGCAAAAUUUGUGGCGUAUCAAUGUCAUCCUCCUCGAAACAAUUAUUCAAGCAAGGCUCGGAGAUCAAGGUGAUUCAAAGGCAAGUUGUAGCAACAACGCUCAUUCAUCGGUCAUUGUAUGAUACUUAUCUACGCGUCACCUUAGCAAUGCCGAUUAUGGUGAAUGAUUCGUCCGAAAUCUACCGUAUGUCUCAUUCUCGUACUUCCAAGUUUUUCCCACAUCCCCGUGCUGUCGACUUCUUCAAGGAUAUUCACAAGAGCUUUAUCAAAGCGUCAUGGUCUCAUGGAUCCAGCAUUUCUCGAUACGAUGCCAGCAGUUCAUGUGCCCUGUCCAGAUUUUUAACGAAUGGCGUCGAUUACUUUGUCAACCUAGUUCAUGAAAAUCGUUCGAAUCUCAUUGGCGAAUUCCUCCUUCGUCCUGCUUGCGAUCUGCCAGAUUUAUCCGAAAGCGCCCUCCACGAUGACCUUUCCUCACAAUCAAGACGCCCGUUGACAGCACGUUUGAACAUCUACGAAGACAUGAGAAAUCAAGUUACCGACGAAACUGUGCAAGGGCAGCGAGCUGUUGAUUUCUUUGUGAUUGUCGAUCGAUCCAAGGAUAGUUGGUCCAGGGAGUCACUGAGACUCGCAUCAGUUAGGAUUUCAUUUAUGUUCUGCAAAACUGGUGCAAGAUAUAUUGAGUUGGGUGCCAAAUCGGUUAUCUGACAAGUAGGGAAUUGGAACACUUGGC